AUGCUUGCUCGCACCGCCGUACGUGUUGUUGCUCGUGCAGCUCCCAGAGGUUCCCGUGCUUCAUCUGCCGAUGCAGGUGCAGGUGAUUAUUUUGCAAAGCGUGAUGCGGUCAGGGCCCAUGCUGCAGAGGUUACUCAGCUUUGGCGCAGAAUAAGCUUCUUUGUUUGCGUCCCAGCUACCAUUACCUGCGCCCUUUGGGUACGUAAUGUGGAGGCAGAACAUGCCGAACACAUAGAACACAUAAAGGCAGAGCAUGAUGGUCACCUGCCCGACAUCCCUCAGUACGAAUACAUGAACCGUCGUCUCAAGCCUUUCCCUUGGGGUAUGAACUCGCUGUUCUUUAACCCGCAUGUCAAUAAAGAUUUGUCGGAGGAAUGA